AUGUCCGCUCACAAAGUCCUAAUUUGCGGUGGCAUCGUCUGGGCCCACGAUGAAACAAAGGAGCUCUUGGGUAGCAUAUCCCAAGUCGUCGAAAUGGAUUCGUCGUCGCGCCAGGAUUUCCUCGACGGGUUCAAGCAGCCCGGCGGAAAGUACGCAGGCACGGUGGGCAUCUACCGACACAACGAGUCAUCGAAGCACAUCGGCGUCUUCGAUGCGGAGCUGAUCAACGCGCUUCCGGAUUCCGUCGCCUGGAUUGCGCAUAAUGGCGCGGGGUACGACCAGAUCGACGUUAAUGCGUGUAAAGCGAAAGGGAUCGUCGUAUCAAACACACCAGGUGCAGUCGAUGACGCAACAGCCACAACCGCACUCUACCUCAUCAUCUCCUCGCUUCGCCAAUUCGCGCACGCGGAACAAAACAUCCGCGCGGGCCGCUGGAAGUCCGGUCUCUCCCCCGCUCACGAUCCCUCUUCCAAGACACUCUCCAUCCUCGGUUUAGGUGGGAUCGGAAUCAGACUCGUCGAGCUCGUUCGUCCCUUCGGGAUGCGUAUCUUAUAUCACUCGCGCGGUCCUAACCCCAAUGCGCCGAAUGAGUGUGAGUACUUUAGUGAGGAAAGGUUGGAUGAGAUGUUGGGACAGACCGAUAUUUUGAGCGUGCAUGUUCCAUUGAGGAAGGAGACGGAGGGGCUUGUGGGAGAGAAGGUGAUUAGGGCUUUGAAACCCGGUGCUGUGCUUGUGAAUACUGCACGUGGAAGGGUUGUUGAUGAGGAAGCGAUGAUAAGGGCGCUUGAGGAUGGGCAUCUUUCCGCAAUAGGCCUAGACGUCUACCCAGACGAACCACACGUCAACCCCAAACUCUUCACCUUCCCUCAAGCUACCCUCCUCCCACACAUGGGCACCGAAACACAAGAGUCGCAACGCAAGAUGGAGGUACGCGCGUUGAUGAAUUUGCGUGGGUACCUAACGAAAGGUGCUGGGGAGGAUGUUGUUCCUGAGUUGGUUGGGAUGAAGGCUAAGCCGUUGCCGAAAUAG